GACAGACAAUCUCAUUUGAUAAAUGACAGUUUUUUCGAAGCAUUUUUAAGGUCUUAUAAAUUUUUUUCUCAUUGUGAUUUUUAAAUCGGUUUAUCGAGCUUAUCUCUGAAGAAUGUUUUUGAUUUUUUGACAUCAUGGCGAGCGUAAUCGACAAAGGGAACUUUGGCGAUAGCGCUCGAAACCGAUCGAAGUGUGAUUUGUUAACGAAGAGAUCGAAUCAUGUCUUUGAUGGUGCUGGAGAGAAUAUUCAGUACCACAGUGACACCGAAUCCAUAGCAUCAAGAAAAAGCAAAACUCGGUAUAUAAAUCCGGCGAUAUUUAUCGAGACUGUUGAAGCUACGCACUCUGUGACUUCUCUACUGACAGAUUCAUCAUGCAUCAGUGACGUCACACCACAUCCACACAGCUCUUACAGGAGCAAUUCUACUCCUUUUCUAACUGGUCGUAUAUCAAGCGAAUCUUCUGGUAGUAUAAAGAGGAAAUCCUGUCGACUUGUUGGCCAAAAUGUAUGUAAUGCUGAAGAAGAAACGCCUCGUGAUGAUCGCACAUACCGUGAAGAUGGAGCCGAUACUUUCCGUCUGUCUGUAGCUUCACUGUCAACCACAACUACCGCUAAAGAAGAACGUGACCGCAAUGAAAAGAAAAAACAGGAAGCCUUUAAACAGUGGUUGGCUCGAAAAGAGCAAGAAAAACGAGAGAAGGCGAGGUUAGAGAAAAUGAAACGGCAAGUUGUACCGACCACGUCUCCACGGCAACGUGAAGAGUCUUUUAGAAAGUGGCUUGAACGCAAACGCAUUCAGUCGGAGAGGCGCAAAGCCGACGAGAUUAUGAAAAAAUAUCACCACACCGAGCGCAUAGAACAAGAAAGGAAAAAGAGACAACAAGAGAAAGAAGAAAAACUAGCUGAGUGGAUCAGAAAGAAAGAGGAAGAAAUAAAAUUAAUGAAGAGUAAGUCGGAGCGGAGUGCGGCUCGUCGCGCCAUUGAGGAUGAGAGGCGACGUGUUCAGGGCGAGCAAGCGUACAGGGACUGGCUUCGAACUAGCCGGAACAAACCUCUUCCCGUCCCACUGAACCAGGGAGAGCUCAGUAUGCGGGGAUCGGUUUCACAGAUGUAUGUAAAUCCAAUACCAUGGCAAUCGACGUGAUUACGUUUAAACGAUUGUAAUUGAUGAAGUAAAUUUUCAACUCUUAUAACCUGCCGCAGAUGAUCACCCAAAAUUAUUUAUUUUAGAAUUAUUUAUAAUUUUUUUAGAUUAAAUUUUUCAGUCCUAUAUUAGUAGCUGUUUAGUUUCUGAAUAAAUGUAUUUAGGGUAUAAAUAAAAUAAAGAAGUAUCGUCUUUAAGAAAA